AUGUUGGUGCAACAGGACAUUGUGUCCUUCAUUCAAGCCAUUGCAGUGGAAUUCCAAGCAAUUGAGAUCCAGGUGAAUGAGAUCCUUAUCACCCUCGAUCUAAUGGAGUGCACGCACACUCGCACCUUGUACCUUUCUGGGGGACAGAGGAAGCGUCUUGCAGUUGCAAUGGAGUACAUAAGGAACCCCCCAGUUAUGUUUUUGGAUGAGCCAACGAGUGGUCUUGAUAGUAAUUGUUGUUUCCAAGUGGUUUCCCUCUUGAAGUCUUUGGCGCAGGGUGGGCGCACAAUCAUCUGUACCAUUCACCAACCAAGUGCUGAGAUCUUUGAGAUGUUUGACAAGGUAUACAUCCUAUGUCAAGGCCAGUGUAUCUACGAUGGCACCGUACCCUACCUCCCCACAUUCCUCAUGAGCUUUGGUCUGCACUGCCCUGCACACCACAACCCGGCUGACUUCAUUAUUAAAGUGGCAUCAGGAAUAUAUGGUGAUAUGACCCCUACCCUUGUCAAUGCUGUGAAGAAUGGCAUGAGCACCACAGAGCAGCAGAAAAGCAUUAGCAGCAGAAAAGAGUCCGUCUCCCCCCAUCACAGUCAAUAUCCGAUUGAGAGCACCCCCACACAGGAUUUGGACCCCAUGGAGAAUAAUAUGUAUGUUGCCAGCACCCUCACCCAGUUCUGUAUCCUGUUCAAGAGGUCCUUCAUCUCUGACUACAGAGAUCCGAUGCUGACUCUUGUGAGGUUUGUGUUUCACAUUGUGAUUGGCCUCCUGUUUGGAUUGGUGUACCUAAACAUUGGAAAUAACGCACAGAAGGUCUCUUAUAAUCUGGGCUUCAUCUUCCUCUCUGUGCUUUUCAUCGUGUUUACUGCACAAGCCCCUACAGUCCUCACAUUUCCUAUGGAGAUGUCUGCUUUGACAAGAGAAUACCUGAACUACUGGUACAGCCUCAAGGCCUACUACCUAGCCAAGACCAUGUCAGAUAUGCCCAUCCAGAUCAUCUGCCCAAUCAUCUACUGCUGCAUCGUCUACUGGAUGACCGGCCAGCCUCCUGAGGCCAAACGCUUCUUCCUGUUCACUAUUAUGUUAACCCUCACAGCACUCAUGGCCCAGUCACUGGGUCAGCUCAUUGGAGCCAUGUGCAAGUCUUUGCUGGUCGCCGUCAUUAUAGCUCCUAGCAUAGCCAUUGAAGCGUCCAUCUUCAGCGGCUUCUUUGUCUCUUAUAACACAAUCCCUGUAUACCUGCGGUGGGCUACGUAUGUGUCCUACAUGAGGUACAGCUUUGAAGGAGCCAUAGUGUCCGUCUAUGGGAUGGGUCGGCCUAACUUGGAUUGUGCUAUGGACCCCUGCCUACGAGAGAAGCCUGAGACAAUUCUGAAAGGGCUGGACAUGGAAGAUGCUGAAUUGUACCUAGACAUCAUUGCAUUAGUCCUCAUCUUCCUCUUCUUGCGGCUGGCAACGUUUUUUGCGCUGCGUCACAGGCUCAAAUCACAAAGGUAGAGUAAGAAAGAAAAAUAAAAGCAAAAUGAAGUCCGCUGGAGCAGAAGAAUGGUUAGUGGAGCUACUGAAUUUCAAAGCUGUGGAGGUCUGCAGCUGGAUCCAUCUCGAAUGAUCUGUUGCCGGCUGCAAAUGGAGCCAUGAGUCUGUCGACUUUUGCUAUUUUAGGAAAGUUUAUUGCAAAUAUUUGUUAUUACAGAGGCAAAAUUAACCCUUUAAACUCAGCCCCAUUGUUUUGGACCCACCGGCGAGAUCAAACAAUACUGCAAAAUCAAUUAUUUCCUCAUUAUUAUAAUUAAAGUACAGUGUUUUGCCAUUAAAAUGCCAUAUUACCUGCUAAAAACUAAAAUCAUUUCUUCUCUCAGAGUUGACUGACUGUCACAGCAGCAUCUGCCCCGGCUUGAGUGUCCUGAUUCAAUUAGCAAACAAUUUGAUGCACAGACUACUAUUUACUGAGUGACCGGGUGUUUCAACAUUUUAAGAUGUCACCACAUUCCACUUUUUUAUCAUGCUUUUUUUUUUUUCGUGUGCAGAAUUGGCGCUGUAAUUUCUU